ACCAUGGGGAAGAUCAUAUUUUAUGAAGACAGGAACUUCCAGGGGCACUCUCACGAGUGCAGCAGCGACUGUGCCGACCUGCACUCCUACUUCAACCGGUGCAACUCCAUCAGGGUGGAGAGUGGCUGUUUCAUGAUCUAUGAGAGGCCCAACUACAUGGGCAACCAGUACUACCUGAAGAGAGGGGACUACUCUGACAACCAGCGUGUGAUUGGAAUGAAUGACUGUGUCAGAUCUUGCCGUAUGAUUCCCCAGCACCGAGGUUCCUACAAGAUGAGGCUCUACGAACGCUUCGAUAUGUCCGGCCAGAUGCACGAGCUGGUGGACGACUGUCCGAAUGUCCAGGAACGCCUCAGCAUGUCCGACUUCAACUCCUGCAAUGUGAUGGACGGCCACUGGUUGCUGUAUGACCAACCCAACUACAAGGGCAGGGCAUACUACCUGAGGCCUGGAGAGUACAGGAGGUACAGCGACUGGGGAGGAGUCAGCCCUAGAGUGGGGUCCGUCAGGAGAAUCACUGACUUCAACUGA